UGGACCAGUUUCAACAGGAGAGAUUGAGGGAAUCCACAUCAGUGGAGACCCCCUAUGGAAAUCCUUCCUAACCUUCGUUGGUAGAGAGGGGGGAAUUGAACCUGGGUCUUGCACAUCCCAGCAGUGCUUUCCCCCACAGCCCCAGCUCGGGCUCGGGCGCCUCUCCCUGUCUCUCUCCAGCCUGAUCCCCGGCAAAAACAUGUCACUGGCUUCCUCACAAUGGAAACCCUAGAGGGAAAAGUGGCCCCAGAUGCGCAAGCCUGAGGAUUCGGUACAAAGAGGUGCACAAAAUGAAGACCCUGAUGCGCCAUGGGCUGGCGGUGUGUUUAGUGCUCACCACCAUGUGCACCAGCUUGUUGCUCAUGUACAGCAGCAUCGGCGGCGGGGGCCAGAAGGAGCCGAGCCAGCAGCAGCAGCAGCAGGUGGCGGUGGCGGCCAGUGGGAAGCCGGAGACCAAGCAGCUGGGCAGCAGCCAGAGGCUCCCUGUAGGGGCUGGGCUCCUAGAAGGCUACAUCAGUGUCCUGGACCACAAGCCUUUGAAAAUGCACUGCAAGAGUUGUGCACUGGUAACCAGUUCUGGACACCUUUUGGGAAGCAAACAAGGCAACAGAAUCGACCAGACUGAGUGUGUAAUACGAAUGAACGAUGCACCCACUCGAGGUUAUGGAAAAGAUGUUGGAAACAAAACUAGCCUUCGAGUCAUUGCACAUUCUAGUAUCCAGAGAAUUCUGCGAAACCGCAAUGAACUGUUAAAUAUGAGUCAAGGUACUGUGUUUAUCUUCUGGGGUCCCAGCAGCUAUAUGAGACGAGAUGGAAAAGGUUUGGUUUAUAAUAAUCUGCAAUUGAUGAAUCAGAUACUACCUCAAUUAAAAGUAUAUAUGGUUUCUCGGCACAAGAUGCUUCAAUUUGACGACCUCUUCAAACGGGAAACUGGCAAAGACAGGAAGAUAUCCAACACUUGGCUUAGCACAGGAUGGUUCACAAUGACUAUCGCAUUAGAACUCUGUGACAGGAUAAAUGUUUAUGGCAUGGUGCCACCAGAUUUCUGCAGGGAUCCUAAUCAUUCUUCAGUACCUUAUCAUUAUUAUGAACCUUUGGGACCUGAUGAAUGUACAAUGUACAUUUCACACGAGCGGGGACGAAAGGGCAGCCAUCAUCGUUUUAUCACAGAGAAACGAGUGUUUGAGAACUGGGCACGGACAUUCAAUAUUCACUUUUUUCAACCAGACUGGAAACCAGAAUCACUUACGAUAAAUCACCUGGAGAUUAAACCCGUGUUCUGAGGAAUGAAUGCACAAGACUGCAAUCACAAUCACCUACUGUAUCAGGCUUCAGGGUAUUGAACCUCGCAGAAGAGCAAGGCAAUCUAAAAAAGCAAGGUUAACAGGCUUUGUGGGUGGAAACCGCUACAGUAUUCAGGAAGUUCUUGCGAAGGAAUACAUAAAAGGACAUUUUGUAUCCAACUGUAUUAUAAUCCAAUAAUUAACGUUGUCCAGCCAGCUCACCUCCUGUAUAAGUAUGUGAUCUGUAAAAAGCAACUUGACUAUCAUUAGUGGGAUGUUUAAUUCAUUAUAGUUUUUUAAAGCACGUUGCCACUGAAUUUUCAUAGUGAAAACUUAAAAUACUUAUUUAAUGGGGGUUUUUAUGCAGGCUAGGCCAGUAUUUUUCUAAUUCACAAUUAUGUGAUUAUCUUUCAUAAGCCUUCAAAUCCAAAAUGUAUUGCUGGUCGUAUAGAAAGGCCUAGCUUCUUGUUUAUAAGUUUUCCCUUUGAAAAAUAUGAUUCUAUUGAGCAUGUAAUUAAUAUUUGAUCUGGAAAUGUUGUGUUUCUUUUUAAAUGGCUGGGCUCCACUCCAAGGUAGCGUCUUUAAUGGCAAGAAAAUUCCCAUGUGAAGAUCGUGUGUGAGAUGCUACCGUCUGACAUUUCACAUUAAUAUGAAAAUGGCAAAGAAAAUUCCUUUUGAUGUAAAUGUGCACUUGCAGCUAUGAUGUCAGGCUGCUCUUUCUUAAUGGAGAUGGGGUAGAGGGCAGGGCAAGGUUUACUAGAUUGCAUCCUGGGAUAUUGCCACCGUCUGUGGCACUGUGCAUAUAAUUAAAACUGAGAAAUGAGAGGGGCCACUUCAGGAGGUCAGAGGACUCUCAGUAACUCCAUUAUUCUGUUUGGCCUUUUAUACUUCCCACUAACUCUGUAAUCCUCCCAUUUCCAGCUGCAAUCUGCAGACAGCCUACAAUGGAUUAAGAGUAUAUGAACUGAUGCCUUCUCCUACGAUAGGUACUUAUGUGAUGUUCCUAAGUCUACACCAACCAGCAGAAUAGAAAUUGUAUGGCAUCAGUCACAUGAGAUACAACGUUGCCAUUCCAAACUCUCUCCCAUCCAUUCCCCCAGUAACUUUCUUCUCAUAGAUCCUGGAUCACAGAGAGGUUAGGAGCCUGAGUGGAUUGAGUUCAGUGGUUCUGGGACUGUCCCCUUAAGGACAAAAAGUAGCAGAACAUGGCAGGUUCUUCAUGAUGCACAUGUGGCUAGUUCCUGUGAAUUACAGGGGUGGACACUAAUAGUUCGAUUAUAUGGAAAUUCACAGUGGGUCUUAUUCAAUUAUAAUGGCUUGUGCAUAAAGAUGGAUUUCAUUUCCAGUGUUUUGUCCUUUCACCUUGCAACUACUAAAACUCAAUCACUUCUUCAAAGUAAUUGCAGGGAGUAAUUUAUUUAUUACAUGAAUGCUAUAAUUCAGGCUAUAAAGCUACUUCAUUGUACAAAGAGUGAAACCAAAGCUAUUGUUAAUGGUUGAUCUUAAAAUGUCAAAAGUCAGGAAGCUCAAAAGUGAGGUGCAAUACACCGCGGCAGUGGUACACAAUUUGCCCAAAUUCACACCUGAUGAGAGUAGCUGCACCUCCUGUGGAAGUAUCUGCAUUGUACUCAGCCAGGACAUAACCAGUGGUGGCGUUUGGUUAGAAAAUGGGUGUAAUGGGUCAUAUAGCAUAAUUUGCACCAAUUUAAGAUUCUGUGAGAAUCUAAACUGUAACUGCAAAGAGGUGGAAGGGAUGCAGCAAGUAGGAUAGAGCAGUCCUUCUACUUGGUCUCAGUUGGUAUUUUCCCCCCUGCUAUGUACCCCUUCCAUCUGCAACCCCCUGAAUGCAAAACUAGUACAAGUUACACUACUUGGCCAAUUAUUUAACCCCAUGCGCUGGCCAAUUUCCAGCUGAUGUUUAAUGGCCACCAUUUAGGGAAGGAGUUCUCAAACUUCAUUGCACCAUGACCCUCUUCUGACAACAAAAAUUACUACACAACCCCAUAAGCUUGAGCCCUGCUGCCCCGGAUGUGGGGGCCAAAGCCCGAGCCCCAUCACCUGAGGUGGGAGUGGGGUCAAAGCCAAGGCAAGGGGCUGUAACCUGAGCCCUGCCACCCAGGGCUGAAGCUCUCAGGCUUCAGCUUCUGUCCUAGGCCAUGCGGCUCGGGGUGAUGGGGCUCAGACUUCAGCUUUGGCCCUGGGCCCCAGCAAGGCUAAGCCAGCCCUCAUAACCCCAUUAAAACGGGGUCGUGACCCACUUUGGGGUUCUGACUCCCAAUUUGAGAACUGUGGAUUUAGCAUGAGCUUCCCAACCCUGGUAGACAGCCACACACUAGCUCAAGUUGAGGUACCCCGCUAACAAUGAGCACCGAGGCUGUUGUGGCACAAACAGUGCCAUGGGAUAACCACCUGAGUACAAGCCCUCUUGAUACUCACACAGACCCCGGAUCCCUAAGCAGGUGACUAGCCUGUGUCAUAAUGUCCACACCGCUAUUUUCAGCACAGUAGCUUGAGCGGAGGUAGCAUGGUCCCAGCUGCCAUGAAGACAUAUCCUUAGUGACUGUGUUUUAUUCCUCCCAUGUUAUGUCAUGGCACCUUAGAAAGAAAAGAAAGGAUUUUAAACUAAUGCCUAUGUGAAGUGCCAUUUCACCCUGGCUACUGGUGGCAUAUCCAGCACAUAGUGCUAAAAUUGGUGAACUUUAGUCAAAUUGAUUUACAGCGCAUGUUAACUGUCACUGUAAAAGAUUUUGUUAUAGAUUACAAUGGCUCCUAGGCUGCCACAGUGACCUGUCUUUUAGUUACUUUAUUAUUGGUUUAACGCUAAAAGGAUUUUGGACAUGGUAAAAUAUAGCGCUGUUAGGGAACGUCUACACUGCAAAAAAGAAACU